AUGUCACAAAGACCAGCUAAUAGAAUCUUUUUACUUCCAGGCAUUUACAAUAAGAAGCCAUUCCUUUCUGCUGAUGCAGGACCUCAGGAAAUCUCAGAAAGAAAUGUGACUCUCCUCUGUGACACACAGUCUUCUUUUGACAUCUUCAUCCUCUGUAGAGGUGGAAAUGCCUCCUUUCCCCAGAGCUGCUCACGUCAGGACCACAACACAUUUCUUAUCUCCCCUGUGAGGCCAGGGCACAGGAGGACCUACAGAUGCUUUGGCUCUCAAAAACACAGUUCCUACUUGUGGUCACUGCCUAGUGAUCCACUUGAGUUUUCAAUUCCACGUCCACCCAGCCACAUUGUGCUCUGGGCCUCAGUUGCUGCUGCCUGCUUCCUCCUCUUCCUCCUCCUCUUCAUCUGCCUCUGCUGGCUUUGUGCCAAACACAGGGCCACUAAUGGUGAGACCAGGAGGCAAGUGAAAUAUAAGAGGGCCAGCCCAGCCAUGGACAUGGAGGAAAAACAUAAAUACGGUGACUUGGAGGGCAUUCCGCCUGAGGACUGUAGGAAGGUGGACACACAGGCGUCUGCAGCAGAAGACACACAGGAGGUGACUUAUGCCCAUCUAUGCCAAGAGGUCUUGACAGAGAACAUGGAUCCACUUCCCUCCAGUACCACUCAGGACACAUCUACGCAGACCUGUGUGUAUGCCAGCCUCAUGUUAUCCCAACAGGAGAGUCAGAGCUAGGUGUGCAGGUGUUUCUUUAGCAGAGGGUGGAUCCAUGAAUGAUGCUGCUCAUGUUUUUCAACUCAAGCCGUUAGCACAGAGUACCAACGAACUCAAGCAUGGAGAAGCUUAAUUGUGAAGGAACUCUGGAGCUCGUAAACAGUGCUCAGCAAACUUCUGAUUCCUUGUGAUUUGCUCACUCACUGGUGUACCUGUUCACUUAGUAAGACAUGGUUUCCAUCAUCUAAUGAAAGAGGCAAGCUGUAUAGUCUGGACCCCUGGUGUUUAGUGUCGCAGAACACCUCAACAGUGAGAUCCUUAAUCUUGGCUGUCAAGUUGAUAGGUUUUAGAAUCACCUGGGAUACAUACCUUGUAAGUGUGUCUUUUAGAACUGUCCCAGAGAUGUUUACCUGAAGUGGAAAGACAUAUUCAGAAUAUAGGUGAUACUGCUUUAAGGGCCAGGUCUUAGAUUGAAUAGAAAGGAGAACCUAAGUGCAACAUCACCACUCACUGACUGAUCUCUCUCUGCUCCCUGACUAUGGAGGCAGAAUUAUCAGCUGUGUCAUGCUGCUGCCUCUAUACCUAGAGGGACUUUCAUUCACUGUGUCCUCACAUCCAUGAUGGAUUACACCUUCAAACUAAGUCAAAAUAAAUCUUUGGUAAUGAUUGCUCUCAAUUGUCAGUUUGAGGAGACAGAGCUUCCUGGGAGACAGACCUCUUCACAUGCAUGUGAGUGAUUAUUUUGAUUAGGUUAACUGACGGUGGAUAACCUGUCACUGCAUUUUCUGGGUUGGGAUUCUGGACUACAUAAAAAAAGGAAAUAGUAAUUUGAACACAAGUAUUUAUCACUUUCUUCUUUUUGAUUGUAGAUGCAAUAUGUUAGGUACCUCAGGUUCCUGCUGACAUGACUUCUUCACCAAAAUGUAACCUUGGACUCUCCCCCAAGUUGCUUUUUGUCAAUGUGUUUUUAUCACCAAAACAGAAAAAGUAACUAGGACACCCUCUCUUCUUCAACUCCAUUUUAUCACAGCCACCAGAAAAGUAACUAAUAGAGGAGGUGAGGAGGAGGCAGUCACCCGCUAGAGCAUUUUCAAUGAAAUUUUUGGUUUCCAGGUGGGUAAAGGCACUCAGGUUUACUUAAGGAGACCUCCAGGCACCAGGGAGAAGGAAAGAUUAAAGAGAACUCUUGCCAUCACUUGGCACAGUGAAUAAUACUGAAGCAAGCAUGGGAGUUCAAGAAUCUUUAUGAGGUGGUGAUAUUAUUUUACUUGUGCACACAGAAGAGAUGAUUUGUGUAACACAGUAGACAGGUCUUUUCAAAUUUAUUUCAGAACCCCUGUACUGCUUUCCCCAAAGGCUGCACCAAUCUAAAUUCCCUUCAACAGUGUACAAAGAUUUCCUAUUCUUCACACCCUUGUCAGCCAUUUGUCACCUCUUCUCUUUGGUGAUAGACAUCCUAAUACGUGUGAGGUGAUAUCUCAUGGUGACUUUGGUUAGUAUUUAUAAGAUGGUUGGUACCAAACACCGUUCUGUAUACUUGCUGGGAAUUUUACAUCUUCUUGAAGACAAAUAAAAUCAAGAUUUUUGUCCAUUUUAUUUUUUAUUACUAAGCUUUUAGUUAGCAUAUAAAACAAUCUGCUUUAUUAUGACAUUUUCACAUAUAUACCAUUGUACUUUGUUCAUACUUCCUCACCAUUAUCCUCUUGUGUUUCCAUGUCUACAACUGGUCCACUCUCUCACCGCAGUAACGAUAGAGUGCACUCACUACUUAUGGUUAUUAUGUACAGCACAAGAAGGGGCUAACUAAUUCCAGUGGGAGAUCUCUAUAAGGGAGAAAUACUAGUCAUCAUGGAAGAGGAAGCUGUGGCUGCUAGCUUUUGCCCACGCUGCUGGUCAAAUAAUUUAUAAACAGUCUU